AUGCAGCAAGCUACCUACAAUCAAGGCAUCUCGGUCGCUCACUUAUCUCCACAAUCGCUGUCAUCGUCUCCAGCGCAAGCACAGAUUCAGCCUGGCCAGAUGCAAAUGCAGCAGCAGCCUCAGGUGCAAUACAUUCAGAUUCCUCCCGGGCAGCUGCCUCCCGGGGUUCAAUACAUACAGCAACCUCAGCCUGCACAAGGCCAGCCCAUCCAGCAUGCCCAGGCUCAAGCUCCGGUUCAGCUACAGCCAGCACCGCAGCCGCAAAUGAAGCAGAUGCCACAGCCUGUCUACGUUACUCCAGGCCUUCCCAGCUACAAUCAGCAUCAGGUUAUGCAGCAGAUGCCUAUCACGCAGCAACCAACUGUCGUUCACGGCAUGCAGCUUGCAACAUCUGCGAUGCAGCCCUACCCGACGGAUCAGACGCCACGUGCUAAAAGGCCAUGGUCAUUCGAUCUGUGUUCCAGCCAGGUAAUCAGUGGUUGCUUCCUACCCUGGUGCUGUCCAUGUAUCACUUAUGGCCAGAACGAGCAGCGUAUAGCAGCUCUCAAAGCUGGCAAAGCCGGUGCAUCGACUUCAGCUUGCAAUUUGCCUUGCGUAACAUUUUGCGUUGCGGUCUGGUGCAUUGCGAACUUUGCAAGCAUGAUCAUGGUUCCGCUGCAGCGCAGCGCACUGGCGAACGACCACGACAUCGACAUGUCGUGUGUUUCGGACAUUGUGUGCAGCUGUGUCUGCGUUGGCUGCGUGCUAUCGCAAACCAGCGAAGAGCUGACGGUCCUGGAACGUCAAGCGCGCGGCUACUAA